AUGUCUACGCAAAGGCGCCGCCGUCCGGUCGAGGAGGAAGAAUCAGAGGAGGAUACUCGACCUCGUCAAAGAAAUAGAGUUGAUUCAGAAGACGACGAAAACGAACAAGAAUCUAGCGAUGCCGAAAUGGAUGGCGAUCAGCACCAUAUGCAGAGCGCCGACGAGCAGCUAGCUAAGAAGCUGGUCCGCUAUGCGAUAUCCUGCGAAUUCUCCAGAACCGUGAUCCGACGAGAUGGAAUUAAAGAGCGAGUACUCGGGGCUCAAGGCAGAUCGUUUCGGCGCAUCUUUGACUUAGCACAAAGGCAGCUGAGAGAGGUCUGGGGCAUGGAAAUGCGAGAGUUGCCGGUCCGGGAGAAGAUGUCACUUCAGGAAAAGCGUCAAGCCAUGAAGAACAAUUCACAGCCUAAGAUAGGAUCCGGGUCAUAUAUCCUCACGUCGACAUUGCCAGAAGCGUACCGCAACGCAGCGAUCCUCGCCCCCUCCAAGACACCAAGCGCAGACGACGAAGCCACGUAUGCGGCCUUUUACACACUGACCAUUGCGGUUAUUUGGCUCAAUGGUGGAGAGUUGAGUGAACAGAAGCUGAAGCGAUAUCUCCUUCGACUCAACGCAGACCAAAAUGUGUCGAUGGACAAGACAGAAAUCAUUCUUAAAAGAAUGGAGAGACAAGGAUACGUUAUCAAGAGAGUUGAGCGACCGCCUGUGGGACAGGAAGGCGAGCACACCAUCACAUGGCAUGUCGGCCCCCGUGGAAAAGAAGAAGUCGGCUUGGAUGGUGUCUUGGGCAUGGCGCAGGAAGUCUAUGGCGAUGACUGGGACGAGGAUACGGCGAAGAAGGCGCGGUCGAGCCUGAACAUUAGAGAUCUGCCUCAACGGAAUGGUGAUGCCGAUGAAGAGCCUGAGGAAGCUAGUCGAAUGCAGGAGUAG